AUGGGGUAUCGAAACACCCCACCAUACAGUUACGUUGCUGGAAAGAACAAUACCAGCUAAGGGUUAAAUAUGGUUCUGUCUAAAACUGGCCAAUCAAAUGCAUCUGGCAAUUCGAAACUAGCAUGUUCUGUCUAUGUACUGGCAAAAUAGCACCUUUUUGAUUACCAUUUUUUUAUAAAAUGACAGGAACAUCUCUAAAUAAUGUAUCUGUUAUCAGCAAAAAGUUAACAACAUACAUAUAUGAUCACCUCCAAAUGGAUUUGUUGUAUUAUCUUGGACACAAAAUUUAUAGUUACACUUUUGCCUCCUGCUGCCCCAUAAAGAGAUCCUGCUAGUCACCAUCUACUGUCGUUAAAUCAGUUCAUUGGAACCAGUUUGAUUCCAUCGUAUCCAAAAAGAACAGCAAUUUAC